AUGCUAGGGUUGAGCCUGUGGGUUGGUCUAUCUCUUUGCUUGGUCGUUUGUUCUAUAUGGGGUCUUCGCACUGUGAAAUCUAUCCCUCCUAAGUGUCGCCUUGGGUUUGCCAGGGCUCUGAAAGGGGCUUUGGAUGAUGUGGGUGUUUCUCCUGGCGACAUCUCCUGCUGGAUUCGCUUACUUGUGUUGCCUCUCUACGUGCUUAAGACCUUUUCUCCGCGGAGUAAUCUUGAGUGCCAGUCCGCUAUUAGGCGUCUUUGUCAGGAGGAGAGUGUUACCAGUGAUAUUAUUGCUUGGGGGUCUGGUGGCAGUUUGCAGCUUUUGCGAGAGACUUUAGAUGAGGUUCCCCCUCCGUUUGCUGCAAAGGAGGAUCUUGUUUCGGGUGAGCUCAACCUUAGGAAAUGUCAGAGGAAGAUUUAUGAUGGGCAUUAUAUUGCUACUGUUCGGGUGCUUUCCUCAUCCAGUGUUGCCCCUUAUUCUGAUGCCACUCUUCUGGACUUGCAAAAUAAGCAUCAUGUUGCCCCAUCUCCCUCAUUACCGACUUCGCCUGUGGAUCAUCAUCCUCUUGUUGCCUCUUUAACUGUUGUUUUGGAUAUGAUUAGGAUCUUUCCUCGUGGAACAUCUUGCGGGAGGAUGUUUUUCGAGCUCAACAUCUUAUGGAUUGUUUGGGUGAACUGUUGUGGCUAUCUCAGAUGA